GGAGAUCCUUGAAUCGUCACCUUCGUCGUCAUUAUCAUCGAAGUGGUGGUCAGUGGUCUAUGGCUAAGCUGGGUGGAACUCCAGACGAGCUCGUCUGAGUUGGUGGUGACGGCUGCUGGAGUCAUCCAAAAUUAAGAAGCUGCCCGGACACAAGGACGCGGGAGAGAAGAAUGCCAAGACCGAGCUCUGAUCGGCGAGCUGAGUUAUCUUGGCACCGGUGUCCGUCCCACAGUGCCAGCAGAGGAAGACCAGCCAAGACUCUCGAGGUCACGCCGACCCGUCGUGAUGAUAUUUCGUCGUUCGAUUCCUUAGAAUUCUCGCGCUGCAGGCUUCUCAACAUCUGACCGGGAGGCGAAGGGAGGACUGGAUUGCACUGAGGAAAGUUGACGCAAGGCGAGACGGGGAGAGAUUCAACGAUGAGGAAAACUUUUGCAUUAGUUCAGAUUAUUCUGGCGGCCGCUCUGAUCGGAUCUCUCGCGUAUCAGGGAUGGGUUACGAAAGGCUCGAGGAUCAGAGUAGAGAACAAGUUCAAAUCGAACGAGCAAGUGACCUUCUCCUGCCCGCCGGGAGAGCUAUAUCUGAUCAACGUGACGAGAGGUAGCGUCUACCACUUGCAAAUCCCCAAGCAGACUCAGAAUCUCUGGUGCCUGUUUGCGCGCAAGCUGGAUGUGAAUUACUGGGACUGCAAGGGAGUUAUCGAGCUGCAGCUCACCUGCCGGACCGGCCCCGUCGACUGCGAGAGCCAUCGAGCGAUUGACUCGCUCGCGUUCAACGAGUUCGGCGUCUUUGUGAACAACAAGCUCCACAGUAAAUGGAAGCCUCGCUACAAGCAUGGUUCGGUGGCCAGACUCGAGUAGGUAGCUGCCAGGAAAGGUCAAGAACUUAUUCAUCGAUGAGUCUCUACCCUCCGUGAUAUGAAUGACCUCGAGAUCAAAUUGAGAGUGUAGGCCGGCCCGAAGAAGAAAAAGUCUGUCGCUCCUCGAUUUUGUUUCAAGCGGCGCAGAUGUUUAUCUCGGAGGAUGGAUGUACUACAUGUGCUGAGUGGAGUUGAAUGGAACUCGCGGCUUCAGCUCGUCUCCAUCCUCUGAUGUACAUAGCAGAUCUGAUUUUUUCGUCUGCCUUCGGCAGCGACGGAUGGUUUUGUUAGAACAGACGCCCUCUCCCCGGAAAAUGAUGGUUUUGCAGGCACUCCGACAAUCGAAGGAUUGAGCACAAUGUAUAAGCACAGCCGCAGCUGCAGCAGAAUCUUUCGAAAUCAUACUAGAUACCUUUGUCGAGUUGAGUCUUCUGAGCAUAUCAAGAUUCGGCCUAAACAAGAUUAGUAUCUCAAGAUUGGGACUCUCUCCACCAGAGUACACCACUCGAUCGCUUGAGGGCGGUGACAGUGGCAGUCAUAUGUUCAUUCUCACUUAGCAGCGAAAUUUUUCAGGUCGUUGGGCAAGGCUAUGACUCCGCUGUGAAGAAGACGCACAGGUUCAAGCUUGCAAACCUGAAGAAUCUUGGAUUUGUUGGUAGGCUUUGGGCAUUGAAAGAUGAACAUCGAGUCAUCGAGGGUGUUUUUUUGCCGAUAAAGAUUAGAAAAAUGUAUAAAAGCGUCAUAGUACUGGCUAGUAUAGUCAUUGAAGAAGGCCAGAGUUUUUACACUUCCUUAGACUCUUGUCUCUCUGCGUUUUGGCAGAGUGCAGAAGAGAAUGUUGUCAUGAUUUGUGUCCAUCAUGGAAGCUGAUCAGAAAGACUCUCUGCAAUCUCGAUAUUCCUCGUUACAGUCCGUACUGAUACACAGUUUCGAACAGGACAU